UAUACUAUUUAGCCUGAGCCUGGCUCCAAACUCCUCGCCUCAGCUCCAAACUGAUUUUCCUUCCCUGCGAUACGGUCUUCCAUCAGUCACAAUACCAAGUACGAUGGCCGGUUUACACCUUUCGACGCAAAGUCAUCGGCUGCUUAUUUGUCUGCCACUAAUCACUGGCUUAUUCUGGUUUGCAAUGCUGCUCGCCAUGCUUCUUACCUGGCUUAUCUCUGGGCGUCCCAAGUACGUCUCUCAAGAGGGAAACGUCGCAUACAUAUCAGACGUUGCCGCAUCAUUCCUCAAACCACUAUUCAUUGUCGGUUGUUGCAUCACCGGAGUGGGCUUCAUGCUCUCUCUCGUGCUAGAACGUCUUCUACGGCACAGAGGCAGGCUCCCUCCCUCCAUGCGCAAAAAAGAGCGCGUGUUUGAGACUCUUGCCAUCGCAGGAUCAAUUAUCGGAAUGUUGGGCCUCUGUUUCCUAUCUGGCUUCGAUACAAAACGCUACCACACCGCGCAUUACGUAUGCCUGUUCUUCUUCGCCCUCGGUGUCAUUCUCUCCGUAAUCUUCACUGUGCUCGAGUAUCGCUGGUUAGUUCAAACCCAUCCUGACAUUAAAAAGCUUCGGUAUGCGUACUUGGUGAAGGCCGUCAUUGGAAGUGUACUUAUUGUUUUAGCUAUCGCCUUUGGUAUCGCGCUAUUUUACGCUUCGGAAGUCGGAGCAGUUUUAGAGUGGAUCAUUGGAUUCGGGUUCACUUUUUACCUACUCACAUUCGCAUAUGACCUAAGGGCUGCAAGAAUCACGCUGGAGGAGGGAGAGGACAUGACGGAGAAGGGCCAGGCCUCGCUGAUCGCUGAUCAUAGGGAACCUGUCUAGUGAGGUGGCAUUCGGAACUGUUUGGUUGAUAUGUAGAAGGAUGCGAGUUGCUGCUCUUACAAGCUCCCAAAUUAGACCUUGGAAGAAUACUGCGUACCCGCCCCGA